AUGAAGGUGGUCCAAUUGGCUCAGCAGUUAUGGCCAUUGGUCGGCCAUUCUCGACCUACUACUAUUUGCCAUCAUCUCAAGCCCAGAGCACUUGCCAACAAUAACCAUGAUUCCAUCACUCAAUUUGAUCUUUCGUUAACCCUCAAGAGGAAAGCAGCAGAGAUAUCCCCAGACUUGAAAGGAACUUGUUUAUUCCUUGUUGGAAUAAGCAGCUCCAUCAAAUCUAACUCAGCUCAACUUCUUGCAGAGGCACUGCGCUAUUAUUAUUUUGACAGUGAUAGUGUUGUUGAAGAAGCUUUGGGAGGAAAGGAUGCUGUCAGGUCGUUUAUCAAGACAGACUUGAAGGGAUUUCGAGAUUCGGAGACGGAGGUACUGAAGCAGUUGUCAUCCAUGGGUCGCCUUGUUGUUUGUACUGGGAAUGGUGCAGUUCAGUGCGCAGCUAAUCUGGCGCUUAUGAGACACGGCAUAUCAAUAUGGAUUGAUGUCCCUUUGGAUAUGGUAGCCAAGCAGAUUGUGGAGGAGAAUUUUCAAUUUCCUGCUGCUGAAACAAUAAAUGGAUCAUAUUCCGAGGUGUUGACUCAAUUAACUGCUAUUUAUGAAGAUAGCCGUAAUGGAUAUGCUACAGCUGAUACAACUAUUGCACUACAGAAUAUUGCUUCUCGGUUAGGCUAUGAUACAUUGGAUGCAGUGACCACAGAAGAUAUGGUUUUGGAGACUCUGAAGGAGGUAGAGAGAUUGAUGAGAGCAAAGAAGUUGAUGGAAGAAGCUGCCAGGCCAUUUUAGUUUCAUUCACCACCAAUACCAAUUAUUUUGAAUCAACAUUUAUUGUUUGGAGCCAUAAGUGCUGAGCUGAAGUUGGCGAAUGAUGGCAAUACUUGAUGCUCUUGCAGUUGUAUGACUUCUGGUAUUGUGAGAGUAAUUCUUAAUUGGCG